ACAGAAGUAUUCUGAUAUCUCAGAAAUGUUCUGAUACUCCACUAGUCCUGCAUAUGAGCAACGCAGUUUGCGGUGCUUUCUUGGCACCUGUGCAACAAAUUAGUUCCAGUGCUGUGUCGGCUUAAAUAUCCAUAAAUCACCCCUACGAUGCUGUGGUCUGUUUCCAUUGUUCCUUCUAUAUCACUCAAGAAGCCUCAUGUCCAAAUCUAUAAACUAUACUGGGAAAAGAACGCAGUAAACGUCGCCUAACAUGGGGACCUGCAAGCCGGAGCGUCUAUUGUCCACCAUCCCUCUAGCGUCUCCAGUCACCUACAAAAACUGCACAUUUCGUUUGUUCGCUGGAGCUGUGCCAGAUUCUCCCCCGCUCACAUUUGUGCACUCACAAUGUUUGCCUCUUUCGUCUCUCCAACUAUCGGCGCUUUGGAAAUCGCAGGAUCUUUAUGUGGCGUACCAUACGUCCAAGCUGCUGCUACGGUGAUUCAAGGCAUCACUAAUGCAUGCAAUCAAGUGGUAGUUCAUAAGAAAAAGGCAAAACAACUUGCUCAAGACUGUAAUCUUCUGUUGAAUGUCAUCAGUGACCAUGCUACCGGUUUAGCAGGGACAGAAAUUGGCCAUGUGGUAGAUGAAGUGAUGGGUGUCCUACAAAUGGUUAAUGGUCGCACGCAUAAAUUUGCAAGCUACAGCAAGUUUGAGCGCUAUCUGAAAAUGGCUCAAAUCCAAGAUGGCCUCGAUUAUUGUUCUGCUGAGGUCCAUCGGGCGUAUAAGAAAUUCAAUUUUGAUUCCGAUUUAAUAAUCCAUAAGAAUCAGCAUCAUACGAUGCAAAUGAUACAAGCUCACACGGCAGGGAUAAAAGAGACCUUGCUUGACCUUUUGACUAACCAGCAAGAGAUUACACGUGCAGUCCAAAACCACCAGGCUGGUGGUAGCAUGGCACGGGACCUCAUGAGGGCUGGUCAAGAGCAAAUGAUACGAUUAGAAAGUAACCUUCCUCAGGAAUCAUUUAUGGUGCGACCUGGAGCAAGGCCACCAUCACCACCGCCCUCUCCAGCGCGGACAGAGCAAUUGCAGAUUCAACAAGCUCUCAUGAAUCUGCAGCGUUUGACAAGCAUGGCUCCUUCAAUCAAAAUUUUGGAUGGUCAAGUGACAAGAGAAGGUGAUAUGGCUGUCGCUGGAGGUCCUUACAGUGACGUUUGGUUAGGUUCCUGGUUAGGAGUGAAGGUCGCUCUCAAAUGCCUUCGCAUGAUUGAGAACGCUGACUCCAAGUUCUUGAAAGCUGAAAAACGCUUCGAGCAUGAAAUUACUGUGUGGUCCAAACUAAAGCACGAAAAUGUCUUGACUCUCUAUGGCGUAACCAACUAUUAUGGUGCGAUACAUGUUGUAUCGCCUUGGCAAGAACACGGCAAUGUGUUAAUGUAUAUUAACAACAACCCCGACGUGAACCCAGUAAGGCUGCUUACGCAAGCUGCAAAUGGAAUUGCAUAUUUGCAUGCCCAAAAAGUAUUUCACGGCAACAUUAAAUGCAGCAAUAUACUUGUAUCAGCAAACGGUGUCGUUUGUAUCUGUGAUUUCGGAUUGACUCAAGUCAUAGAAGAAGUGACAGGUGGAUCACUAUCAGCAACCCUCACAGCCGCAGGGUCCGCUCGAUGGCUGGCUCCUGAGCUCAUUCAGGACGAAAACCCCAACAUAACAGCUGCCAGUGAUGUCUAUGGCUAUGCCAUGGCUGCGUUGGAACUCCUCACAAGAAAACGGCCCUUCGCGCAUCGCAAGCGUGAUGUCACGGUUGUCAAUGAUGUCGUCAAUGAACGUUUGACCCCACCGAGGCCAGAGGAACCGGAGGUCAAAUUGUGGUUGAACGAUGAGCUGUGGUCCAUAAUGCUGAAAUGCUGGUCAUGGGAACCUGCCGAUCGCCCAGCAAUGGCUGAAGUGUACACUCAGGUUAAAGCCAUCGCUGAUUAUUACGACGAACACGAUCUGUAACCGAGGAACACACAGCGAGAAGCGAUCCAUUACGAGUGAACCUUGAGCCUGCGCCCUCUCAGUAAUUAGGGAUAACUCUGGGCUACCGCCGCGAGGGACCUGUAGGACAUUUGUUUGUUAACAUUACCCGGGACGGAUUGGUUACAUGGACAGUUUCAUCUCGGACAUGCAAAAAUGUACAGUAGCACAUUAACAUUACGUAUGCGGUAACAGUCAAUACUGUACAAUAUUACAUCUUCGAGUUUCGGCUUAUACUGUAUUGCCUCUAGAGACUCCACCUAGGAACGAAGCUUUACUUGCAAUUGAAUGCACUAUGGUUAGCUACA